GGGGGAGGCGGGGUUUAGAGCGGAGGGGCGGAGUUACAGCUGCCUGGGGAACUCAGGCUGACCCUGUUGAGGGUGAAUCGCCCCGAAAGCGGGUCAUUGGGGGGAGUGCUGACCCCGAGGGGAACCACAGGGGGAUCUGUGGAAGGGUCAUGGCGUCCCGAGGGUCCGGAACGUCUUUAACACGGAGGAAUUAUCGGCUGUCUAUAGAGCCUGAGAAGACGAAGGUGACAGGAAUUGUGAACGAGCGUCUCCUGAGUCAGUAUCUGCACCGGAUAUUCCCGGGGAAUGAUGGAGCUCAGCAUGGAGCCGCCUACAGGAAACCCCUCACCUUCCAGAACCUGGAGGAGCGCUUGGACCGGUUAUUGUCUGCUGGGGAGCCCAGUGAGGAUAACACAGGUACAGAUCAGACAGCAGAGGGCCGCCUGGGACCCAACACGGUGGUCCUGGAUCACACCAGCGGAUUUGAGGGGCUCUUGCUGGUAGACGAUGAUCUCCUGGGGGUCAUUGGACACAGCAACUUCAGCUCCAUCCGGGCCACAACCUGCGUGUUUAAAGGAAAGUGGCUCUAUGAGGUCCUCAUCUCCUCCCAGGGACUCAUGCAGAUUGGUUGGUGCACGCUGAACUGCAGGUUUAAUCAGGAGGAGGGUGUCGGGGACACUCCAGACUCUUAUGCCUACGAUGGAAACCGGGUCAGAAAAUGGAACGUGACCACCACCAACUACGGCAAGUCCUGGGCGGCGGGCGACAUUGUCAGCUGUCUGAUCGACUUGGAUGAAGGGACCAUCUCCUUCUGCCUGAAUGGCGUUAGUCUGGGCGUCGCUUUCAGUGACAUUUCCCGAGGAUCCGGUAUGGCGUACUUCCCGGCCAUAAGCCUCUCUUUCAAGGAGUCGGUGGCGUUUAAUUUCGGUUCCCGUCCUUUCAGAUAUCCGGUGGAGGGAUACCGCCCCCUGCAGGACCCACCGACCGCUGAGCUGCUGAAAUCCCAGAGGCUGCUGGGGUACCUGAAGAGCGUGCUGAGUACAGUGAUCGACACUCAGGAGGGGAAACUGGUGGACAGAGACCCGUCUACAUGGCAGCUGCAGGGAGAGCCGACGGUCCUGAUAACACUGGCCCAUAUAUUCAACCACUUCGCCCCGCUCAUGUGUAAGGUCUACCUGGUGGAGGACGUCCUCAUGAACUAUCUCCUCGGGAUAUUGGCAGGAGGGGGUGCAGUAGGAGAGCACCCCUUAAUAGAACAUCUCCUGGAUCUCAUGUGGCUGCUGAUGGAGGACUACGAGAUCCACGAGUGCCUGAAGCAGCUAAUGAUGUCUCUCCUCCGAGCGUAUCGCUUCUCUCCGAUCGUCCCCGAUCUGGGGCUGCAGAUUCACUACUUGCGUCUGACAAUCGCCAUCCUGAGACACGAGAAGUCUCGGAAGUACCUGCUCAGCAAUGUUCUAUUCGAUGUCCUUCGGUCGGUAGUGUUCUUCUUCAUUAAGAGUCCAUUGCGGGUGGAGGAGGCCGGGCUGCAGGAGCUGAUCCCAACUACGUGGUGGCCGAACCGAUUCAACAAAGAGGGAAAAGAAAUAAAGGACCCGUUGGAGGAGAGCGGCGAGGAUCGGCUCCGGAGGAGGGCAUACGAGCGCGGUUGUUUGCGACUUAAGAAACGCAUUGAAGUGGUGGAGGAGCUGCAGGUCCAUUUGAGGCUUUUGCUCAACAACAAGGACAAGGGAGGGGGAGAAGCAUCCCGCUACAUCUUCCUCAACAAGUUCCGUAAAUUUCUUCAAGAAAAUGCCAGCAACAGAGGGAAUCCCACAGUUCUCUGCCCCCCUGAGUACAUGGUGUGCUUCCUCCACCGUCUAAUCACUGCCCUGCGAUCCAGUUGGGAUGAGUUUCAUGUCCGGAAUUCCUCGGCCCACAGCAGUGAAGAUGCCUAUGUGCCCCCGCAGCUCUUCAACAACGGAAAGGUGGAUUAUUUUGACCUGCAAAGGCUCGGGGGUCUUCUUUCACCCAUGAGGAAGACGCUGAAAGAUGACCUGUCUUCCAAAGCCAACAUAGUGAUAGAUCCAUCAGAACUGCAGGCAGUCACUAUGGAUGACCUGGAGGAGGAAGAUGAAUCAGCCAAGCCCUCUGCUGCCCAGAGGCCGAUUGGUGGUGCCCUUGCCCGGCCCAGCUCGAGUUCCCCGUCUCUCGGGAGAGCAAACCGGUUCCUGAGCACUGCAGCGGUCAGAGUCUCAUGAACCCCCCGGCGACCUCUUGGCACCCUGGAGAAGAUGAAAGUGCGGAGUCUGAGCCUGGAGCAGCGGAACGGAGGAUGACAUGAGUUUGAAGGUCAUCAUGGCAAUGAGGGUCUGCUGGUGGGAAGACCUCCGGAAGAGCCCGAUAUUCCCAUCACAGAGAACUCUCUCCUGGAGAUGCCUGACGGGGUGGUCAUGAUGUACAACCUCAGCGUACACCAGCAGCUCGGCAAGGUGAGCACCGAUCUGUCUGAAUACGCCCUGGCAUUGAAGGACACAGAGGAAAAAAUUAAACGCUGUCCAAAGAGGAGGCCAGACGUCAUGGAAGAACUAAUAAAAAGCCAGCAAGUCGUACACUCGGAGAAGCUGAAUCAUCUGGCCGGCGGCUUUGCCUGGAUAAAUGUCACUAUUUACUCCAAGGAGAAGAUGGAGGAUAUAUACUGGCUCCUACAAGUGUGUCUGCGCAGUAUAGAGCAUGCCGAUCGGACCGGAUCUCUCUUCGCCUUCAUGCCGGAGUACUAUCUGAAUGUGGCCAUGAACAGCUACAACGCCCUUAAAAACUACUUCAGCCCUGUCAGCAGCAUGGAGGAGCUUCCAGGUUAUGAAGAUACGCUGACUCGACUGGCCGCCAUAUUGGCCAAACACUUUGCUGAUUCACGUAUUGUGGGGACAGACAUCAAAGACUCCCUCAUGCAGGCGCUGGCCAGCUACGUCUGUUACCCCCAUUCCCUCCGCGCCGUGGAGAGGAUCUCCAAAGAACAACAGAUCUGUAUGAUGAAGAGUCUGCUGGCGCCAUAUGAACAGAGGCCGUGGGCCCAAACAAACUGGAUCCUGGUGCGGCUGUGGAGGGGUUGUGGAUUCGGUUAUCGGUACACCAGACUGCCGCACCUGCUGAAAACCAAACCAGAGGACGCCAAUCUGCCCAGCCUACAGAAACCUUGUCCGUCCACCCUGCUGCAGGGCCACAUGGCGGAUCUCCUGCGGAAGGACCCAGAACUGGCAUCCAGCUUUCUGAACAGCGCCCUGAACCAGCUGAAUUGGGCGUUUUCCGAGUUCAUUGGGAUGAUCCAAGAGAUCCAGCAAGCCGCUGAGCGACUCGAGAGGAACUUUGUCGACAGUCGGCAGCUGAAGGUUUGUGCCACCUGCUUCGACCUGUCGGUCAGCCUUCUGAGGGUCCUGGAAAUGACGGUGACUUUGGUACCCGAGAUCUUCCUGGACUGGAGCCGUUCAUCCUCAGAACUUCUCCUCCGGCGCCUGGCCCAGCUUCUGAACCAGGUGCUGAACCGGGUGACAGCGGAGAGGAACCUCUUUGACAGGGUGGUCAGUCUGCGGCUUCCAGGCCUGGAGAGCGUUGACCAUUACCCCAUCCUGGUGGCUGUGACCGGCAUUCUAGUGCGGCUGCUGGUGGACAGCGAGACUCAGGGGAUCCAGCGAGCCACCGGCGUAUUAUUGGCGGAUCCUUGCUUCCAACUGCGCUCCAUCCAGUACUUGCUGGGGCAGAUAGAGCCCAAUACCAUGGGAGCUGCAGCGCCCUCUGCUGAUAAGAAGCAUUUCUCCCUGCAGGCCUACACAGAUUACAUCACUGCCGAGGAGCUGAGUAAGGUGAGCCGGAUGUUGGUGCACCUGAGUGAGGAGUCCAAACAGGCGGCGGCCACCACUCAGCCAACCAGCGAGGAGGACCUGUGCCCCAUCUGCUACGCUCACACCAUCUCCGCCAUGUUCCGCCCUUGUUCCCACAAGUCCUGCAAGGCGUGCAUCAAUCAACAUCUGAUGAAUAACAAAGACUGCUUCUUCUGUAAGGCCACCAUCACCGGGGUGGAGGACUACGAGAAGCCGGCGGCCACCUAGCCCCGCCCCUGCGGAGCCAUGUCAACGUUUUCCCCUAGCACACGAGAGAGGGGGGGGGGGGGGUUUAUUGCGUUUACAGCUUUAUUUUUUAAAUGUUUAUUUAAAUGUGCAGUUCCUGCGCUCCCCCUGUUUUCUGAUUGGACGGGCUGCUGCUCCAUGUGGCAGGCUGUGUCGGGAGUGGGGAGGAAGUGGCGUGUGUUGUGUGUACUUGUAUUAUUAACCUUCUUGCUGCUGCGCCCGGUGUCCCGACAAAAUGGGCAACUCGGCAGAAAAUCGAAACCCGCGUCACUUACGCUUUCUUUAAACCAAGUACAGUGGAACCUCAGAUUACGAGUAUAAUUUGUUCCAGGAGAAUGCUCGUAAUCCAAAGCACUCGUAUAUCAA